AUGGCUGGAGUUUGGGGAGUUUUUUUGGGAGUUGGGAGUUGGGAGUUGGAAGAGUUGGAAGAGAAUUUGGCGCGGGCAAGCAGCUGGGAGGCUUCUGGCAGCGGCAAGUCGCGCGUGGCCGGAAGGGGGACAACAGGCACAGACACGAGACGGGCUGCUCUGCUACGGCCGCCCCGGGGGGCCAACGUCAACAACGUCAACAACGUCAAAAACGUCAACAACUCAACAACUCAACAACUCAACAACUCACAGCUCAGCUCAGCGCAGGACCUAGGUAGUUAUGUAGUUAUAUGGGAGCCAGUUGGUUGA